AUGGCAAGUAACUCAACAUCCUCAUUACUUGGCAGAUCAGAUAAAGCAUUUAAUGGCACGAAGUUGAUGAGACUAAUUUUGGAUGAUGGAACAGAAGCAUUGAGGAACAUAUUUAGAAAAUUUUAUCCUGGCAAUUUACAGGUUGUAUUAUCUCGUAAUCAGCGCGUUCUUUCAAACCACAGAAGUGGCAAAAUAAUCAAUCAAAACCAGUGGGAUAAAUUAUACCCUGUCUCUCCAAACCAACCAAAUAUUAUGGAUUUUGACAUAACUUUGCUAUCUGUCCUUUUAAGAAACAUAUGUCAUUUAUCACCGCCAUUUUCCGGUUGGGACAAAAUGCCGAAUAUUUCAGAUCAUUCUGUUGAAGCCGAUAUCAUUCGUAUAAGGUUUUUUCGUAAUGAGCGUUUUGGCCACAUCCCCAAUACAGCAGUUAGUACUGCAGAUUUUAAGACUUUCUGGGCAGAAAUAAGUUUACCAUUAGUUCGCUUAGGAAUAGACCAGAAAGAAAUAGAUAGACUAGAAAAUGAAGAGUGUGGGGGAGAGGAAGUGGAGCGAGUGGUGAAGGAAUGGAAUGAAUGGGAUAAUAAAAUUAUCAAUGCUUUGGAAGAAAAUAGGCGUACUUUGAAUGAAAAUAAGAAUGCCUAAAUUGAGAUAAAAAAUGAUGUGAAAGUGCUUGUUAGAAAAGAAGAGAAACCCCAGUCGGACAGUGUUCUAAACAAAUAUCUUGUUUGGUGCGACUUUCAGAAGGAAAUCGAAUUGCAUUUCAACAAAUUUGUAAACGGUACUUAAGAGUGGGUAUUUGAACAACUUUUAACCUGGUUUAAUGAUGAAAUUUCCGAAAAUCGUGCGUUUGUCAUUUCUGGCCUUGCAUAUGGUCACAAAAUUCUUUUUGAUCAACGUGUUAAGGAAUUGGAUGAUUUUAAGCAAAGUAGUGUUAGUAAUGAAGACCCUGCUAGUGCGGCUAUCAUGUACGCCUUACGAUACUUCAUACUGCAUAUGGUGCACGGGUUAGAAUAUAUUGAUAAUCUAGAAUGUUAUAUAAGUGAUUACGUUGCAGAUUUAGAAGUUAUGUUUGCCGUUGUUUGUGUCGACAACACAUAUAUUAUAACAGACUACAUCAUUAAGCUUACGAAUCACGAGAUGUAUAAUAUACAUGUUUCUGAGAACGUUAGAAAAACAGUGAGUCAAUUGAUUUUCCUAAUUAAGAAGGCCAACUGCUUCUUAAGUGGUGAUCCCCAAACUUUCUUCCAAAUUGUUGUCAACGAAGGGCCAGAACAAUUUUCGCUCAAAGCCUCAAAUUUGCUUCAAACACGCUACAAAGAUAUUAUAUAUUUUGAGUUUUUUAAGAAAGAUAAGCUUCAAGAUUGCUGUUGUCUUUCCGGCAGAUUAUCAGGUAUUGACGUGUCCCCUGAACAUGAUUACGUUGUUUGUAGUUAUGAGGAGGGUGGAAUUGAGCUGUUUUCUUUAGCAGCAGGUAAAUCUGAGUGGAAAAUUCAUGAACUUACGGUUAAAUCUCCUUUCUUUCCAGAAAAGAUUGAUGGUCUUUUGAUGUUGCCGCAUUGUGUUGUUUUUCACCCUCGUAAACAUUUGAUAUUACCUGGUAGGCUCGACAAGGUGCUAGACCUGCAAGGAACGUUUAUAACUGGACCAUUUCAAUCUGAUGAAAGUAGUUCUGUAUUUACAGAUUGUUGUUUUUCCUUGGAUGGUAGCAAAAUGGUCACAAAUAGCGGUAAAUACUUGAUUGCUUGGGACGUUUUAAGCGGCGGUAAGGAAAGAGUUGUGCCAUGCAAAGCGUUAUAUUCUUUUUCUUUUACUGCUAGUGGGAAUUUUUUGGGUGUAAUUGAUAAAGAAAACGUGUUCACUGUUUACGAUGUAACAAAUGAUUACAACCUUCAGUCAAGAAGAGUUGACUCUAAGUUCCCAGUGGAAAUCGUUUCCACUUUUGAUGAAAAUUCGUGGGUUUGUGCUGUCGAAAAUUGUAUACAAGUUGUAAAUCAUGAUCUCUCCUUUUCAUCUGAUUUUAGUACCACCUAUCUAAGAAAUAUAGCUCUGCCAAUUAAUGUUUACUCUUCUAAUGAAAUACAAUGUUUUUUAAAGGAACAAAAUAAUUCAAAGGAGUCUUUGUUUUCGAAGAUGCUGAAAAACUUUAAAAGUUUUGAUUACUGCUCAUUUAGGUGCAGGCAUUGUGCACUUAGAUACAUCCUAAUGGACGAUAACCGUUCCCUGGUCUUUCAAUGCCAUUUGAAUUUAAAUACCAUGUAUGUGUUUAGUAUGGAGGAUCUAAGAGAUACCGAGAGCAAGGCAUUCAAACCUAAAUAUACCCAUUCCAGUAUAUCUACAAAAGGCGAUUUUAUUUAUUUAAUGAGGCAGUCGACAGAAAAACUAACCAUUUGCGAACUUAAUUCAAAUAAUAUAUUUUCAAAGCCUUACGUUCACUCAGAUAUGCUAGCAUUUCUAGUUGUAAGAGACGGUGUGAUUUUAUUUGGAGAAAAUGACACUCCGGAGCUAUGGAAUAGUGAUUUAGUAGAACGUCUGGAUAGCUUUGGUCAACUGGUUGGCCCCACGAGAUCCCUGUCAGUAUCGGAUGAAGUAAUAGCUCUUGUAUACGGCCAGGAUUCUAUUUGCUUCUUUAAUGUUUUCACCAAAGAAGAAGUAUACCGAACAAAUUUUAAUGAAGGUGUUAGAACAGUACACGCAUGUAGAAUCAAUUAUCAUGUGGUUGCGACGUUGAAAUCGAAUGAUGUUUGUUUCUGGAAAGGUGGAAAGAAGAUAGAUGCGUGGACAAAUGCUUUUUAUGAGAAUGUUGAACUGCCUAUGUAUACUUUACCACCUUUAUGUAUUUGGGAAGCCGAUUUUUCUACGGACGGAAAUAGAUUAGCAUUGUCCAUUUUUGGCAGUAACAGCAUAUUCGUCUUUGACGUUGUCUCAAUAAGUUUCCUUGCUGAGAUCCCUCUUUGUGUGCCACGCAUUUAUGUUAUAGACCCAUGCAUGAUUUAUGUAAAUUUGAAGUUUUAUGACAAUGAAAAUUUAAUUUGUAUCUCAAUUGAUAGUAUGUUGUACUUUAUAGACGUAAAGGUUGGUGAAAUGUCAACGUUGUUAGACAUAAGCAAUUGCGCAGGGCCAAUCUCGGUAUGUCGUGAACGAAGAAUUGUUGGUGUUGGACUCCAUGGUUCAGAAAAGAUUGUGUUGUUUAAAGUCUGCUUGCCUCGUAAGUGACACAGAAACUAACGGCAGAAACUGCAGUAGUCCUGUUAUGGACAGUACUGUUAAAGGGUAUUAGAAGUUGAUAGAAUGUUCACAUUGCAUCUAAUAUUGCCUAAGAGGCAGGUUCAGGUGGGGGUAUUAGGGCGAGUAGGGAGUUUACGCAUGCAUGUAAGACGAUGGCUAAACAAACCGUUUGAAAUAAAUUAUUGUAUGGAAAUAUUGUCUUUUAUUUUUGCACUGUUCCUAACGUAAAUGGAGCUUUCUGAUUGGUUGACGAGAGAUCCGUAUCACACGGAGCUCUCACGUUUUGCGCGGGCACAAACCGAGGAGUGAAGACAAUUUUUAAAUUUAAAAAAUUAUCCAAAAAGUUCAAAAACCCUCCCUAUUGUUGCUAAAGAUAGAAAAAUAUUUUGAACUGAUUUUAAUGAAUUCAGUGUCAAGCCCGAAAGGUCCUUUUUUCCGACUUAAAUAAGAAAUAAACAAGUAUUUCUUUGACAUAUAAGUGUCGAAAAAUCAGUGCUGAAUGUUUAGUUUCAAAAGCUCACUAUUCAUUCAGCUAUAUAUACUUUCAAAAAACAUACAUCAAAAUAUAAAUACUGGAACGACCAAGUCCCGGCCACACUAUACACAACGAUAAUGAUACGAUAACUUGUAAACACCCGAUGAUUGGUAAAACAAUUAAAAUAUGUACAUGGGUACCCACACUACAAAAAAAUGAUAAAAUUAUCCUUUGCUAAUAACGGUAAUUAUAUUUUAAAGUGCCACUAACACCCUAAAUUUUUUUUUCAUAUAAUAAAUAACCGCUAUUUAUGGAGUACAAAACUGGAAAUUUUUUUUUAAUCGGUUGAAUUCUCGCAAUUCUAUGGCUUCUCAAAGUUUGAAAAAUUGCCCUAAAAUCGACGCCAUUUUGUCCCACGAGCGAGAUUGAUUGUCUCGGCUUGUGACGUCAAUUGGUGAACCAGCUGUUUAUGUCAACACAAAGAUAUGGUAUUAUUUUACAGUGCUAGGCAAGUUUGUUAGGCAUACGAACAGCGAAAAAAUGCCGAAAAGAUGCGUUGUUGCCGGUUGUAGCAACAUAGGAGAUAAGGAAAAAGAAAUAUCGCUGCAUGCAAUUCCUUAUUCUGGGGACGAACGGCCCGAAGCGAAAAAAAGACGAAAGAAAUGGACUGACUUCGUAAGCCUCAAACGUGCAAAAUGGACGCCGACGUCGUAUUCAGUUAUAUGCUCUGAGCAUUUCAAGCCCGAAGAUUUUUUGCGACGAUUUUCCCAUGUGGAAGGUGAAAGCUCCGUUGGCAACAGAUGGCUUAAAAGGGACAAGAUCGGAAUUUGCGUGUUCCCAACAAUCAUGCCAUCAACUGACGCACACAAAGUUUCAGACAGGGACAAGAGAAUGGUAUGCUAAUUUUAUAUUUACAUAAUUGUGCGUAACUUAAUUUGUUUGACUGAACUGGUGUCGUGACUAAACUGAUUUAAUAAACAUAUAUAUCAUUAUAUAACAUGAAACUAACACUUAAAUUAAACUGAUAUACAGUAUAAAUUGGGCAAAGCUUAUAAGAAAGACAAUUUCGUUUAGUCUGUGCAUCAGAGCUUUCUUUGUCUUUUGUGGCUUCAGCCAUGCUGAUUUUUGUAAUUUCCGUUUGUAAUUUCUGUAUGCAAUUUGAUACUAGAUACAGUAUGAACUGUUUUGUAGAUCGUAAAGGAAGCAAUAUCCUCACAGGAAAGGCCAGAGUGUUCUACUGCUGAGCCAACCACAUCCAAAGAAGUGGAAGUAUCGGCAAGUACAAGUCAAGAGGAUCCUGAUCAGCCUGAUGUGUCACCUGCUUGUGUUAGUUGUGCACACCUUUUAACAGAGAACAGAAAACUGUCCAGAGAUGUUAAAACAUUCAGGGAAAUUAUGAAAAGGCGACAAAAAGAAGUAAAAAAAUUCCGGAGAAAAAGUAAGAAUAAAGUAACCUUUGGGUUUCCUUCUAUUUGAGAUGGGUUGAGUUGGAAAGUGGGCCAAUUUGAUACAUUUUUAGGGAACCAUAAUGGAAUAUGUUCAUUUAUAUUUUUAGUAAAUAACUUGGAAUCGAGAAUAAAGAAAUUAGAAACAGCUGUCAAGAGUCCAGAGAAAAGCAAAGGAGUAGAAGAAGUCAUUGCUACUGACAGUGAUGAGAAUAAGGAGGAUUAUGAAAUGGAAGAAGAGUACUCUGAAGAAGAAAGUAGCUCUCAUGCAUCCCAGUAUGAAACUGAAACAGAAACAUCUGAAACUGAGGACUCAAUUGACUUGGACAU